CCCGCAGCCCCGCCUCCCCGCAGGGGUGGAAGAUGGUACCCGUGGACCCCGCGCUGGAGGAGGAGCACGCAGCCGCAGCCCAGACAUGGAGGAGCCCACGCCCGAGCCCGUCUACGUGGACGUGGACAAAGGGCUGACCCUGGCCUGCUUCGUCUUCCUCUGCCUCUUCCUCGUGGUCAUGAUCAUUCGCUGCGCCAAGGUCAUCAUGGACCCGUACAGCGCCAUCCCCACAUCCACCUGGGAGGAGCAGCACCUGGAUGACUGA